AGCUGGGAAGAGCGCGCUGACGUCACCGCGCGCCCGCGGUUGGCGGGAGAUCCGGGCCGGGAUGGCGGAGGGGCCGGAGCUGCGCGAGCUGGACUCGGACGGGAGCAGCGAGGAGCUGGUGCUGACCCCCGCCCAGCUUAUCCGCAGCCUGGAGCAGGCCUGGCUGAAUGAGAAGUUUGCCCCAGAGCUGCUGGAGAGCAAGUCUGAAAUCGUGGAAUGUGUCAUGGAGCAGUUGGACCACAUGGAGUCAAAUCUGAAACGAGCCAAGCACGGAGACCUGAAGGUCAGCAUCCACCGCAUGGAGAUUGAGAGGAUCCGCUAUGUCCUCAGCAGCUACUUGCGCUGCAGGCUUGUGAAGAUCGAGAAGUUUUUCCCCCAUAUACUGGAGAAGGAGAAGUCCCGAGCGGAAGGAGAGCCUUCCGUCCUCUCUCCAGAGGAGUUUGCCUUUGCUAAAGAGUACAUGGCGAACACAGAAACCUACUUGAAAAAUGUGGCCCUGAAACACAUGCCUCCCAAUCUGCAGAAAGUGGAUCUCCUGAGACUGGUUCCCAAACCCAACCUGGACUCCUUUGUAUUCCUGAGGGUGCAGGAGAGGCAGGAAAACAUAUUGGUGGAGCCAGAGACCGAUGAGCAGAGUGAAUAUGUGAUUGACCUGGAGGAGGGCUCACAGCAUCUGAUCAGAUACAAAACCAUUGCCCCCCUGGUGGCCUCGGGAGCAGUUCAGCUAAUUUAAGACACCACAAGACUUAAAGGGGCCAGGCAAGAGGCCCUGCAGUCUGGGGGGGCGAGUGCUGUGCACAGGGCCACCUGAGAGCAUCGCUGUGCCAGUCAGCGCAUGGACGCACAACAGUUGUGGACAGUUGUAAAUACCUAUCCUGCCCCCAGCCCAGCCCGGGGACCCAGCAACUCAGUUUUUCUGUAGCCUGAGGACAGGAAGACAAACAGCCGGAGAAAGGUGCCAUCAGCAAGUGCCCCAGUCUGGGGAUUGGGGACACUACCGCCGAAAGAAAGCUGAGACAGAUCUUCCACCCAGCUGCAGCCUCUACAAAGCUGCUGCUCUGUUGUGGAGACAGCAGGUGGCACCAUUGCCAUGCUUAUGCUCUGGGUAUUGCAGCCAGCUGGCAAGUAGCCCCUGGAAUGAGUUAGUGACUGUUGGAGGAGGAUGUGCCAGUGUGAGCGAGGUAUGUUAUAAAGACAACUGCAAAAUCUCCAUGUGUGUCUAAAAGGGCACCGCCACCCACUGUCCAAGCCUCCUGUGCAGCUAAGUUAGGAGAGAUGCUUAAAUGUUGUGUGGGGAGGGGAUUAGACAAUGGAUGAGUGCUUGUGUGGGUUUGCAGCAGGUACUAGCCCGGAAUGGCCUGGGGUGGGGCUGGUCAUGUUUGGAACCUGCAGGAGCUGUGGAGCUCUUACAGGCCAGGGAUGGCAAGUAGAAUGAUUGGCCUGAGAGAGCACAAAUAAACCUGCGGCGUAUCUCUGGCUCUAGCUCUCAAUGAGGAGGAGGUGGCGUCUGCAUCCCUGACAGCAAUUUUGAUUCACUUUGAUGUAUUCGUGGCACCCAUUAAACAAUCGGUGGCUCUUCCUGA